CGUGACGUCAUCAAGGCGCGCCGGCAGCGGAGCCGCUGUGUCACCGCCAUGGAGUACCUGAUCGGCAUCCGCGGCCCCGACUACGUCCUGGUGGCCGCCGACACCGUGGCCGCCUCCAGCAUCGUGCAGAUGAAACACGACCAUGACAAAAUGUUCAAGAUGAGUGAAAAGAUCUUGCUGCUGUGUGUGGGGGAGGCUGGAGACACGGUGCAGUUUGCAGAAUACAUCCAGAAAAAUGUUCAGCUCUACAAAAUGAGAAAUGGUUAUGAACUGUCUCCCAAGGCAGCUGCAAACUUCACCCGGCGGAACCUGGCGGACUAUCUGCGCAGUCGGACCCCCUACCACGUGAACCUGCUCCUGGCUGGCUACGACGACCACGAGGGCCCUGCCCUGUACUUCAUGGAUUACCUGGCAGCCCUGGCUGAGGCUCCCUUUGCAGCACAUGGAUAUGGAGCAUUCCUCACCCUCAGCAUCCUCGACCGCUAUUACAAGCCAAGUAUCACACGUGAGGAAGCCAUGGAGCUCUUGAAAAAAUGCCUCGUGGAGCUCAAGAAACGUUUCAUCCUGAACCUGACCUCCUUCAAUGCCCGGUUCAUCGACAAGGAGGGCAUCCACGACGUGGACAAUGUACCCCUCACAAAACUGGAGUCCUAACCCCUGAGAUCUUUCUUCAGCAGCCUUCUUGUUUUGUUCACUUUUGGGUUUGUUUUUUUCUAUUCAUUUGGAGCACACAAGUCAUGUGGGGCAGUGGGAGAUCAAAUAAAGUUUGACAUUUAUAUAGCCA